CCAUAUAUAUUCAACAUCAUGCACAGUAAAUUAAUAUAUGUCCAAACGUAUCCCCAAAUUACAUGACCAGAGCAGCCUGAAAAGCUAGGCAAAAAUCCGAAUAUAGGUACACUGGGAAAAAGGUGAAAUUCAUACUAUAGAAUUUGCCAGAAGUGACAUAGUCCAGAAUAAAUUAGGUUUGUCAAGUCGCAAAUUAGAGCUUGUAUAUAUAUAUAUAUAUAUAUAUAUAUAUAUAUAUAUAUAUAUAUAUAUAUAUAUAUAUAUAUAUAUAUAUAUAUAUAUAUAUAUAUAUAUAUAUUGCUCUGCUGAAACCAAAUCUGAAAAAGUCUAGCUUGGACGCAGUAUUUGAGAACUUUAGGCCUGUGAGCAAUCUGUCAUUUCUUUCUAAGAUCACUGAAAAGGCAGCCGCCAACCAAUUGCUGAACCAUUGUGAAAAACAUGCACCUCUCCCUAUCUGUCAAUCUGGCUUCAGGAAAUAUCAUUCGACAGAGACGGCUCUGCUAAAGGUGCAAAGCGAUAUUCUUCUGAGUAUGGACAGGCAGGAAGUGUGUUUUCUUGUACUCUUGGACUUAAGCUCAGCGUUCGAUACAAUUGAUCAUAAAACUAUCAUUGACGUAUUGGAGUAUCAAUUUGGAGUGACGGAUAGGGCUCUUGAAUGGAUAAAAUCAUAUCUAUUGAACAGGAAACAGAAAGUUGAUCUGGAUAACAAUUUUUCUGAAGACUGCGAUGUUAAGUACGGAGUGCCUCAAGGGAGUUGUCUUGGCCCCAUACUUUUUCUGCUUUAUGUAUCCCAACUAUAUGACAUUAUUGACAGGCACUUACCCUCUUCUCAUGGUUAUGCUGAUGACACGCAACUUUAUGUAUCCUUUCGCCCAGAUUGUGAAGAUAAUUCAGAAAGUACCCUAGCCAUACUGGAAGAUUGUAUUUCUGAUGUUCGUACUUGGCUGUUGUCUCAUAAAUUAAUGUUCAAAUAUUCGAAAACGGAAUUUCUUGUAAUUGGUACACCACAACAACUUUUGAAAAUAAACAUUGAAUCCGUUAACGUUGGUGGGGUCCAAAUUAAGCCGGUUGACAGUGUUCGAAACUUGGGAUCUUGGUUUGACAAGCAUAUGUCAAUGUCAGUUCAUGUAGGCAAGAUAUGCAGUAAAGCAUUCAGAGGACUUUAUAAAAUACGACAAAUUAGAAAAUUUUUAUCUACUAAUACAACGAAAACUUUGAUACAUGCUUUCGUGACAUUACACGUGCACUAUAAUUGUAAUGCUCUGUUGGCUGGCAUACCUCAGUAUCAAGUCCAGCGAAUUCAGAGAGUUCUUAAUGCCGCUGCUAGACUAAUCUACCACAGUCCAAGAUUUUCUCACAUCACCCCAGUUUUGAGAUCACUUCACUGGCUACCGGUAAAAUUCCGGGUGGAAUUCAAAAUUGCUUUACUGGUUUACAAGGCUCUUAAUAACAUUGCCCCUAUCUAUACCUCUGAAAUGCUUAUCCCAAAACAAUCAAGUGAUCGCUGGACAUUACGAUCGGAUGGUCAAGGUCUAUUAUACAUCCCGAAAACAAACUGUAAGACUCUAGGAGAUCGGGCUUUCGCACAUGCUGCUCCACAAUUAUGGAAUUCUCUGCCUCUGGAUGUCAGGAACUGUGAAAACAUUUCUGUGUUUAAGAAACGCUUGAAAACAUUUCUUUUCAAUAAAGCUUAUAACCCUUUAUAGGUUGAGACCAUAUUGGAUUCUUAUUAUAGAUACAUACAUUUGUGUAUAUUCUAAUUGUAUACAAUACCAUGUUUUAUAUAGCAUAUUUAAUUCUUAAUAUAUUUAGAUUUUUAUAAUGUACAGCGCUUCGAGUAUAUAAUAUAACAUAUGCGCUUUAUUUAAAUGAAUAAAUUAUUUAUUAUUAUUAUUAUUAUUACGGUAACCACUGAGUAUUUUAAUAAAAUAUAGAACAACAGUAACUCCGAAAAUAAACAUUUUUAUAUUCUAGCUUUCGACUAAGGUUCAGUCAUCAUCUUAGAGUUACCGUUGUUUUAUAUUUUACUACAGAAUAUAAUUUUUUCAUAUUGCCAGUUUAAUGAAUUUAUUUAUUUAUUGACUUUGCCCAAUAAUAUUUAUUUAUUUACAUGAAAUUAAAUACUAAUAUUAAGGAAGAAGAGGACUAGGAGUCUAUUUGAAGCCAUUUGGUUUUUUUGCUUAGACCCCUAGAAAUAUAUUUACAAUUUGUUUUUUAAUUAAUUAAGUAAACCAGUUCAAGGUCAAAUUAUUAUAUUCUAAGAGUAGUGAAUUUUGCGAAUAUAUACAGUAUAUUAUUAUAAUAAUACUAUUGCAAUUUGAUAUUCAUAGUAAUCAAUUAAUCAUAGAAAUAAGCAUGCAUGUAAUGAUUUGUUGUCCACUAUAGUUUGAUAGAAUUUGUAAACAUCCGGUAGUUAAUUAGAUAUGAAGAAAGUGUUUCUUUACCUCUCGUUUGAAAACGAAAUGUGAUUUUAUUUGUUUGAAGUCUUUCGCAAGACCGUUCCAAAGACUCGUGAAGGAGCGAUGCAUUUCUAGUAUUGUGAUGAUGUAUCUCGUUGUUGGAUACAAAAUAAUUAACAAAAUAUUUCUGGUAAAUUUUGUACCUUGUAGUACUAAACAUAAAUAAAAUAAUUAAAUACUCAUUUAUUCUGUAGAUGUUGAGUAUCUUGAAUCAUUCCCAAAACACUUUCAUUCUUUAAUAUCAUGCACAUACAGUAUGUACUAUUUACAACAUGAGAGGCCGUGUUGUAUCCGAUACAACACGCACGCGAAUGUUGUAAAUGGCUUAAAAAACGACUCAACUUAUGAGUUCAUUGGCGAAGAAAUUUUAAAAAUAAACGUUGUCAAAGUCGAGAAAAUCAAAGUUAAAGUUUAUGUAAAUCAACAUGAAUCUGUAUCACAUAUACAGACUCCUUCACGCCCAUGAUUUCUUUUGUGUUUUCUUCAUGAAUUAUUAAUGAGUUUUUUAAAUGUCUAUAUACGAGUCCCCACUAUCAGGCGGCCAAUAUUAAUCAGCCACUGAAAAGGGAUACUUGCGAAAGGCGGCUAGUUGUUGCAUCACUUGUACAGCAACACCGGAGUGCGGAUGUAUAGACAUAUAUGUUGUUCAAAAUGGGAGAAUAUAAUUCUUUCAAAUUUUCAGGUUAAUGCAUCAUUUCCGAAAUAUUUUGUUUUUUUAUAAUAAUAUCAUGCACAUAUAUUGUAGUGUAUUAAACAAGUUGACGUAUAAUUAUGUGCAUAUAUUAUAUAUUGUUAUGUAUAUACAGGGUGUCCAAAAAAACCCAAAUGCAUUGAAAUUAACGCAUUGUUAGAAUUGGAAUGCCUCCGCACUCUGCUUGACCCACACGUGCACCAAAGCCUGACUUAAGUAAAUUUUAUGCAUAAAGGAACCGUUUAAGAAGCUGUUUUAAUAAUAUUCCCAAGAGCAGGAAAUCGUGUGCUAUACAAAGAUAUUUUAAUUCCUUUAUCGCCUCUUACGCAUCUUUGCAUUCAAAUUCAAAGGGCAUUCAAAUUUAAACAAUGCGUUAAUUUCAAUCCUUUUGGGGUUUUUUUGGACACCCUGUAUAUAACCUGCCCAUUACACGCCUGACAAAAAUGCAUGCCAAAGCGCUAACGUGCUUCAAUUUCUUUAAUUUUCAUCCUGUUUCUACAAAAUUUCGCAUAGACAUAGAACAUGUGAUUCUUAGAAAUCGUAUGUUUUUUGUGUUUCGAAUUGCUACAUUUUUGGCGGGAAAAUGACGUUACAAACUUGCUGCUAAAAAAUUAACAGUUAGCUAUUGUUAAUUUUAUGCACUUAUUCGGUAGUCGACAUUGAGAGAGUCUUAAAACUGAAGUCAGGUUCGAAAUACAACCAUUCCUUGCGAAGAUAUCAUGACUCAAAUUUCCAAAAAUCGGCCAUUUUCUUCUAUUUUUAGUAACAAAAUGGCCGAUUUUUGGACAUUUGUUCCGGUAUAUCUUCGCGAGAAAUAGUCGUAUUUUGAAACGGAGUUCAGUUUUCUGACUCUCUCAAUAUCGUCUAACGAAUAAGUGCAUAAAAUUAGCAAUAGCUAACUGUUAAUUUUUUAGCAGCAAGUUUGUGACGUCAUUUUCCCGCCAAAAAUGUAACAAUUCGAAAAACGAAAAACAUACGAUUUGUAAGAAUGACAUGUUCUAUUGUAGAAACAGGAUGAAAAUUAAAGAAAUUGAAGCACGUUAACACUUUGGCAUGCAUUUUUGUCAGGCGUGUUAAUUAAGUAAAUACAGUUGGUAUAAUAAUCUAGAUCUUGUUCAGAGUUCUCGUCUUGUUUUGGAUCUUACAUUUGGCGAGAAGGAUAGAAAAAUCUUGAGAAUAUGGCAGAAGGAACGCUUCCUUAUCUACAACAAUUUAAUUUUCACGAAGACCCUGCUUCAACGGGUGUUCGAUGGGCAAAGUGGCUUAAACUGGCUUUGAUAAUUUUUUAAUUGCCUUGGAUAUUACAGACAAGAAAACACAGCGGGCUUUGUUGUUUCACUACGCGGGUUCUGAAGUUGCAGUCUUGCAGACAUAUAUUUGAUACCUUCCCUAAAAAAGAUAAAGGAAAAGACGUUGAUUAUUCUAGAGCAGAAGAACUCUUAUCCGAAUAUUUUCUACGGAAGAAAUAUAUAGAAUAUGAAACUCAUGUAUUUCGUCAAGCGAAACAAGUGACCGCCGAGACAAUUGACAGAUUUCACACUCGUUUGAGAAAAUUGGUAAAAAACUGCGAGUUUACAGAUGAUGACCGCGAGAUAAAAACUCAAAUAAUUCAAGGGUCUUUGUCCCAAAGACUACGACGGCGAGUAUUACGGGAAACCAUGACUCUUGUACAACUUCUCGAUAAUGGACGGUCGUUUGAAACCUCAGAGACACAAGCGCGUGGGAUGGCGAAAAAUUACAAUCAGAGGCAGAGUAUGUAAUUAAAACUAUGCAUCGCCAACUACAAAAUACGAAAGCCUCGAAAGUAAACAAACGAUGUUAUCGUUGUAACGGAAAUUAUCCACAUGUUGGUCCAUGUCCUGCCAAAGGAAAAGCAUGUAACAUUUGCGGUAAACAAAAUCAUUUCGCAGCAGUUUGUCGUUCGAAACAGCAAGGAAAGCGUGACGAUUUCACAAAAAACGGUAAGAACAAAGACCAGGAUUUUAGCAAUCAAAAGCAAAAGGCGUGGAGACGUUCGGUGAAUCAAGUGGAAGUAAGAGAUCAAGAACAAGUAACGAGCAGUGAUGAAGAGUAUGUUUUCACGACUUCGGGGGCGAAACAUAAUGAACUAGAAGUUCAUCCAACCGUGACGGUAACGAUUGGCAAAGAGAAUGUAGAUUUCAUUGUAAACACUGGUGCAACAGUUAAUUUAAUGGAAGAAUCUGACUAUCUGCGACUUAAAGGUGUCACCCUGCAAAAGUCAUCAACAAAAAUAUUCUCGUAUGACAGUGAUGUCCCUCUGAAGAUUCUUGGUAAGUUUGAAACUGUUGUAGAAACAAGCGAAAAAAUUAUCUGCGCAGAAUUCUACAUAGUUAAGAAAAAUACUAAAGCGGGUGGAUCUUUAAAACUGUGGCAAUUGAUACACCAGGGGGAAAUCUUAGUUUUUUAGAUAAAGAGCAGAGCCCAGCAAAUAACUUUAAAACCAAACAUAAUAAAAGUAAAAAUUUAAUUAGCUAACGUUUCGUUGCUUACAAUACAACAUCUUCAGAGCAAUCCGAAUGAAUUUACAGGGUAUGGUAUAUAUGUUUACAAAAUAAUGGUUUAGUAUUACAAAAUGAAUAGAAAGAAAGGAAAACAACUUGUUAAUAAGUAAAAAUUAAUGUUAAGUGCAUGUUUAGUAUAGUUAAGGUUAAUAUACAUAACUAAAAUAACUCAAGAGAGGUAGAUCUAAUAUGAGCAUUAAGGACAGGGUUAAGUUGAGAAAUUAAUAGGCUUUCACGGAUAAGAAGAUCCCACUCAGAAGUGCCUGAUGAUAGAAUUUUGAAAUCAGAAGCGGAGACUGGGUGUUUGUGCAUGUGUUUGUGAGCGAGGAUACUAGACAUGGAUGAGAUAGAGCGUUCUUUUCUUUUCUUUUUUUUUUGGGUGGAUCUUUAAUGUGUUACAAAACAGCCCAUGAACUAGGAGUAGUUACAGUGGUGAACAAAGUGCAUGAUGCAGACUCCGCUGUCCCACCACCAUUUGUGAACAAAUACAAAGACGUUUUUAGCGGAAUUGGGAAAAUGAGAAACUACCAAGAAAAGUUACAUAUUGACAAACAGUUAAACCAGUCGCCCAACCCCAUAGAAGUAUACCAUUUCAUGUAUGUAAACAAGUUGAAUCAAAACUUAAGGAAAUGGAAGAUGCAGAUAUUAUAGAAAGGUUAGAAGGUCCCAAACCUUUGGUUUCCAAUUGUAGUCGUUCCCAAACCGCAUAAUCCACAAGAAGUACGUAUUUGUGUGGACAUGAGGCAAUCAAAUAAAGCAAUAGGUCGAGAACGACAUACCUCUCAGACAAUCGAUGAUAUAAUUGCUGAAUUAGGACAAGCUAAAGUGUUCUCAAAAUAGACCUGAAUCAGGGAUAUCAUCAAUUAGAGUUUUCACCAGAAUCUCGCUAUAUUACAACAUUUAGUACCCAUGUUGGUCUAAGGCGUUAUAAACGACUAAAUUGUGGCCUUAGUACUGCUGCCGAAAUAUUUCAAGAAGCAAUACGAAGUGCAAUUGAGGGCGUUCCUGGGUCGUUGAACAUUAGCGAUGAUAUAAUCGUGUAUGGUUCAACGCAGGAUGAACAUGAUAAACACCUGGAAAGCGUCUUAAAGCGUUUGCGUCAGAAUAAUUUAACACUUAAUAAGUCGAAGUGUGAAUUCAACAAGUCUAGCUUAUGUAUUUUGGUUAUACCUUUUCUGUGUGGUGUCUCACCUGACCUUAAGAAAGUAGAUGCAAUUCGCAAUGUUGAAGUUCCCAAAUCAGAAAAGGAAGUCAGAAGUCUUCUAGGAUUAGUUAACUAUUGCGGACGUUUUAUUUCCGACCUGACUGACUUAGCAAAACCUCUCUGAGAUCUUACGAAGCAAGAUGCCAAAUGGCACUGGAAGGAAGAACAUCAGAAGUCCCUAAGUGAAAUUCAGCGAGCAUUGUCUAGUCAAACAACGCUCACUUAUUUCCAACCGUCGUUAGACACUGAGCUACUAGUAGAUGCAAGUCCAAUUGGAAUCGGUGCAAUUCUGACCCAAAAAGAGAAUUCAGCCAACUCCACAACUCGUGUUAUCUACUAUGCCAGUCGAACACUUUCGGACGUGGAAAAGCGAUAUUCGCAAAUAGAAAGAGAAGCAUUGGCAAUUACAUGGGGAUGCGAGAAAUAUCACCUCUAUUUGUAUGGAGAACCGUUUUCUGUCAUCACGGAUCACAAGCUAUUGGUAACGAUGUUCAAUGAUCCAGCCCAUCAAUCACCACAGAGAAUUAAACGCUGGACAUUAAAUUUACAGCCGUAUGAAUUUACUGUUGAAUACAAGCCUGGUGAAAACAACCCUGCUGAUUACCUUUCGCGUCAUCCUGAUAGAACAAACAAACAAACCAGAAGAGAAGAGAAAGUGGCAGAGGAGUAUGUCAACUACAUAUUCACGAAUGCGGUUCCAAAAGCCUUGACGCAAGAAGAAAUAAUUUAA